CUAGGUGUUCAACAAGUUACUAAGCCUGGCCAGUACAGCGUCCUCGCAGAAGUACCAGUCACACAUGUGGAGUCAGAUGCUGGUAUCCACCCACAGCUUCCUCAAGUCCAUCUCCAACGUGUCGGGGAAGGACAUAGGACCCCUCAUCAAGCAGUGGGUAGACCAGAGUGCGGUGGUGAAGUUCUUUGGCAGUUUUGCCUUCAACAGGAAACGGAACGUUCUAGAACUGGAGAUUCGACAGGACUACACCUCCUCUGGAACACAGAAAUAUGUGGGACCCAUCAAGGUGACAGUCCAGGAGCUGGAUGGGUCCUUCAACCACACGCUACAGAUCGAAGAGAACAGCCUGAAGCACGACAUCCCCUGUCACUCCAAGAGCAGACGGUGAACUCAAGCAUCUUGUUUCUGUUAUUA